AUGGGUUCAGAUGAGAAUGAUCCUCUUUUGCAAGCUUUAAAUGCAGAACAACCCGGUGGCAACUCCGGAGAGAACAAUUCCAACAACCAAUCUGGUGCGGGUCAAGAAGCCAGUGGCAGUUCAAAUUCGCAAACAUCCGACCCAAUUGAUCCAGAAAGAGAGAGGGCACUUCUGAAGUUUAAAGACAAGUUACUUGAGCAUAGAAAAUGGGAUGCUAGGUUGAAAGAAUUACGGUUAGGAAUACGAGACUUGGAUAAGGAUUAUGAAAAAACUGAGAAUGACAUCAAGGCGUUACAAUCGGUGGGUCAAAUCAUUGGAGAGGUAUUGAAGCAAUUGGACGAUGAAAGAUUUAUUGUCAAGGCAUCUAGUGGGCCUCGUUAUAUUGUGGGUUGCCGAAAUACUAUCAAAAAGUCGAAUUUGAAAAACGGUGUUAGGGUAUCGUUGGAUAUGACCACUCUCACUAUCAUGAGGAUUUUGCCUAGGGAAGUUGAUCCGUUGGUUUACAACAUGACGACUUUUGAGCCUGGUGAAAUAUCGUUCAACGGUAUUGGUGGUUUAACUGAGCAAGUGAGAGAAUUACGUGAAGUUAUUGAAUUGCCAUUGAAAAAUCCAGAACUUUUCACAAGGGUUGGUAUCAAACCACCCAAAGGUGUCUUGUUGUAUGGUCCCCCCGGUACUGGUAAGACAUUGUUGGCCAAAGCUGUGGCGGCAACCAUCGGAGCAAACUUUAUCUUUUCUCCAGCCUCGGGGAUUGUGGACAAGUAUAUUGGUGAAAGUGCGAGGUUGAUUAGGGAGAUGUUUGCUUACGCUAAAGAACACGAGCCAUGUAUUAUCUUUAUGGAUGAAGUUGAUGCCAUUGGAGGUCGUAGAUUCAGUGAAGGAACCUCUGCAGAUCGUGAAAUCCAACGUACUUUGAUGGAGUUGUUGAACCAAAUGGAUGGGUUUGACACAUUGGGACAGACAAAGAUUAUUAUGGCCACAAAUAGACCAGAUACUCUUGAUCCCGCAUUGCUUAGAGCUGGUAGAUUGGAUAGAAAGAUUGAAAUUCCCUUACCCAACGAAGCUGGUAGAUUGGAAAUUUUCAAAAUCCACACCGCCAAAAUAGCAAAACAUGGAGAGUUUGACUUUGAAGCUGCCGUGAAAAUGAGUGAUGGUUUCAAUGGUGCGGAUAUCAGAAACGUGGUUACUGAAGCUGGGUUUUUUGCAAUUAGAGAUGACAGGGAGUAUAUUGUACAAAAUGACAUCAUGAAGGCUGUUAGGAAAGUGGCAGACAACAAGAAGUUGGAAGGUAAGUUGGAUUACGAGAAACUAUAA